AUGCAAGAUAAAAGCAAUGUUCCCGUAACUAAAUUGACGCGCCAACAGCAGCGUGAGUAUCGGCGCGACCAUUCAACGCUCCGCGAAUCGCUUCACGCUCUUUCCCAAGAACUUGCUGAUGGCUCACGGCAAAUAAACCAGUAUCAUAUUCUUAAGCCCUUGGGACAGGGCAGUUUUGGAGCCGUAUAUCUAGGUGAGAAUCGCGGCGAUGUAAAUCAUUUUGUAGCCGUAAAAGAGUUUGGCAAGCUCCGACUACGGCACAAUUUGCGCAUCUCUAGUCACCGCUUGACGCAGUUCCCUGAGCAGCGCAACGCGACUUUGCGAAAAGAGAAUGAGGAAGAUCCUUUGUUUUUGGUGCGCACUGAGAUCGCCAUUAUGAAGAAACUACUCCAUCCAAACGUAAUUAAAUUGUUCGAAGUACUGGAUGACUCAGACAGUGAGAAACUGUACAUGGUUUUUGAGUACUGCCCUGGCGGUAUACUCAUCGAUGUCAGCCCUGGAAAGCAAGUAAUACCCAUGACCGAGGAUCAAGCAAGAAAAUCCUUUGUCCAGAUUCUCAGCGGCAUCGACUAUUUACACAACAACGGCAUUGUGCACCGCGACAUUAAGCCGGAUAAUAUUUUAUUCAACGAGGACCGUACAGUGUGCAAGAUUGUGGACUUUGGUGUUUCUGAGAUGUUCUGCAUGCCUGGCGACGACACGAUGAAACGAGUAGCAGGAAGCCCCGCAUUUAUGAGCCCAGAGCUGUGCCAAGCAGGCCACGUCGAAUGGCACGGGUGUUCGGAUGACAUUUGGUCGUUCGGCGUGACGUUCUUUGCCAUGGUCAUGGGCCGUUUGCCCUUUGACAAAAAGAAUGUCAUUGAAUUGUACGAGUCGAUUCAAAAAGACGAUAUCGUCUUGGGCGAGCAGCUGUCGCCCGAAUGUUGCGACCUGCUCUUACGCAUGCUUGACAAGCGCGAGGAGCACCGUAUCACCACCGAUGAAUUGUACAUACAUCCCUGGGUGACACGCAACGGGCUCGACCAUGUGCCAACGCUCGAGGAAGUGAAUAAUUCACAUGUCGUGCGCGAGGUUACUGACGAGGAUGUGCACAGUGCCAUCAGCCGCAUCAGCAGCGUCUUUACCGUCGCACGUGCAGUCUACAAAUUCAAGCAUCACUCCAUGACGCGCGCGAGCAGCGAGUUAAUGUGUUCCAAUAAUACUGUCAAUGCCGCGUGCCACAGUCCGUCGCCAUCCAAACCAGAUAGCAAUGGCUCUGGUGAACACCGGGGGCGUUGCCUAGAUCCGAUACUGGAUGUAACUUCCGCCACAAGUUCGACUUUGACGGACGAGCCCAUGCAAAUUUCUCCCACCAGCACCCUUCAAUGCGAUGCACAAGACUACUCGCAAAAGCUUGUGCCCGAACUACCUCAAAAUGAGAUUGUACAUUGUGCUACCCCGGACGCGGAAGCAGAUACUAAUAUAAUUUGCACGUCCCCCUCUGGCAUUUAA